ACUGCAUGCACUUGAUUAUGGCGUCCGAUUUUGAAUUGUUCAUACCGACGAAUGUCUCCUUCCAAGACUACUUUGCCAUCAUCCAGACCGCACGAGCGUGGGCGGACGGCUAUGAUCUCAAGUCCUAUUCCCACCUCAUCGGAACGCUGGCCCCCCAAGUGAUAAUCGAUUACACCGACGUAAACCCCGCCUGGGGACGCAAAACUUACGACCAUGAAGCCUUCGUCCAGCUGUGGCUGAGCGAAGAGCACCUGGGAAAUCCCGCCAUGAAUACUCAACAUCUUCUCGGAAUGCCGUAUAUUGAGUAUGCCGGUCCGGUGCGCUCCGAAACGAGCGAGGGGGUCGUCCCAACUCAGAGUGGUGCCGUGGAGGAAAUCCAAGUCAAGUGGCAGAUUCUCGCGAGUCACGCGCGCAGCCCGGAUCGUCAGGCGGGCGAGGAGAAGACGUCGGCUGUCAUCGACGAGACUUCUGAUCAUCGGGCGUACAUGACGCAUGUAUUUCGCAAGCUGACGCUGGAGGUGCCCGGGCAAGGAACCGUGACUCGUUGGCGGAUUGCUCUCAUCAAACCAUCGCCAAUUUACAUGGAGGGUGAUUUUGGCCGUUUGCGCAGGCCAGCUGGAGCUCCUUGAUAGUACUCAAAUCUUACGCUUCGCAAAGAAU